CAAGAGUCUUGAUUCUUUUUUUUUUUUAAGGUAAAUUGUUUCAUUUGCAAGUUAUCAGUUAGCCUUUGCCUCUCAGUAUUCUGAAACCAAAGGCAGAGUACAGUUCCCUGUGUGGUAUGUGGGGAGGGACUGUGGAGUCUACAGCAGGUGAAUUGAAGGGCUUGGUGAUCUCAGAACGGUUUAGUGACAAGAAGCAGAACGGAAGAUAAGUAGGGGACUUUCCUGUUGUGGAUGAUGCAAAAACAAAUGGAGCAAGCUUCAUGGAGGUAUUAUAUAAGCCUUUUCUGUAUCCAUUUAUAAAAGGAGAAACAAGUCUACUCUGGAGGUAAAUGAGGUCAAUCAUGGCCUUUGUGAGCUGGACUCCAAACCUCAGGAAAGACACCAUUCCUCUCAUAACAACAGCCUGGCUGCUCGGACAGCCGCAUCAGGGAAAAACUCUCUGCCAGGUACCUCGGCCUCCCCGUAGGGGCAGCCCAGCUCCUAACAGAGUGACAGUGCCCAGCCAGACCGGAAGCAUACACUGUGUGCUGAACUAGGCAAAAGACCUGGAAUAACUGAUGUACUGAAUAACCAACUCAGUGCAUUUCUCACCAAAGCAUGACCAUAUAAUAUAGCUUACUAAAUCACAGCAGACUUAUUUUUGGUAUGUUUAAGAUCAUGUUAACCACUGUGGGUUAUACAAAUGCAUAGAUUAUAGUACCAUUGCCUUUGAUAAAUCUAAAACUAAAGGGGGGCAUUUUACAUAUCCUCUUUGGAAAAACUCCUCUUAAAUAAACUUACAGGAAACAAAGAACAUGUGAAGAAACUAAGAAAAGUGUCCUAUAGUCACAUAUAAAGACUUAUAUUGUGGGGAUUCAGACUAGGAAAAGAUCAUAAUCAGAUGGAGUUAGGGGAAAGAGUUUUGAAGGAAAAGUAACUGGGCUUUAUUUUCACCCUGGUGAAAAUUAGGGGUAAAGUGAAAAGGAGAAUUUUGGUGCCAAGCUGAGGAAUCUGGAUUUGUUCCCACAGCCUAUUGAACUGGCACAUUCCCCUCCAGUUGGAGCCAGCAUGACUGCCCUCUUAUCUGUUGUUUUCUUCCUUCUGAACACAAGAGGCGCCAGUGGGGUGUGGCUUUUUCCUGGCUCCUCCAGCAUGGACCAGCUAGAAAUCCUGCAGAAGUUCCUGGAUGAGGCCCAAAACAAGAAAAUUAACAAAGAGAAGUUUGCGAAUGAAUUUCUGAAGCUGAAAAAGCAAUCCACCAAGUUCAAGGCAGACAAAACCUAUCCUACAGCUGUGGCUCAGAAGCCCAAGAAUAUAAAGAAAAACAGAUAUAAGGACAUUUUGCCCUAUGAUCAUAGCCGGGUAGAGCUGUCCCUGAUAACUUCUGAUGAGGAUUCCAGCUACAUCAAUGCCAACUUCAUUAAGGGAGUGUAUGCGCCCAAGGCAUAUAUUGCCACACAAGGCCCUUUACCUACAACUCUCCUGGACUUCUGGAGGAUGAUUUGGGAACACAGUGUUCUGAUCAUUGUUAUGGCAUGUAUGGAGUUUGAAAUGGGAAAGAAAAAGUGUGAGCGCUACUGGGCUGAGCCAGGACAGAUGCAGCUGCAGUUUGGUCCUUUCUCCAUAUCCUGUGAAGCUGAAAAAAGGAAAUCCGAUUAUAUAAUCAGGACUCUAAAAGCCAAGUUCCAUAGUGAAACUCGAACUAUCUACCAGUUUCAUUAUAAGAAUUGGCCAGACCAUGAUGUGCCUUCAUCUAUAGACCCUAUUCUUGAGCUCAUCUGGGACGUGCGUUGUUACCAGGAGGAUGACAGUGUUCCCAUAUGCAUUCACUGCAGUGCUGGCUGUGGAAGGACUGGGGUGAUUUGUGCUAUUGAUUAUACAUGGAUGUUGCUAAAAGAUGGGAUAAUUCCUGAGAACUUCAGUGUUUUUAGUUUGAUCCAGGAAAUGCGAACACAGAGGCCUUCAUUAGUUCAAACUCCGGAACAAUAUGAACUGGUCUACAGUGCUGUAUUAGAACUUUUUAAGAGACAUAUGGAUGUUAUUGGAGAUAAACAGUCUGGAAGAAAGAUUCAAGCAAAGUACUCAAUUCCUGAGCAAAAUCCUACUCCACAAGCAGAUUUUUGUUCUCCUAAUUUACCAAAAGGCUCCAUAAAAGAAGCAAAAAUGAUGAACCAACAGAGCAAACAAAAGUUGAAGGCGGAAAACGCAGAAACUUCUUCCUUUAACUUUAGGACUUCUAAAAUAAGUGCAAAAGUUUUGCACCCUGCUAAAUCAAGCCCAUCUUUUGACUUUUUGGAGCUAAAUUACAGUUGUAACAAAAAUGUUGACAUAACCAAGAAAUGGCAGACAAAGACAUUAUCAACAGUUGGAGAACCUCUUCAGAAGCACAAAAGUUUGGACUUCAGUUCCAUUCUGUUGGGGGCAUGUCCUAAUUCUCAAUCUAUAAAUGCAGCAGGCACAUGUUUUAAUUCAAGGGGGCCAAUAACACGAACCAAAUCAACUCCCUUUGGAUUGAUACAGCAGAGACAAACCGAGGCGUUGGACAUCAAGGAAAAUUUUUCAUGUUUGGAAUCUCAACCACAUGAUUCUUAUCUUGUGGAGUUCCAGGCUAAGAAAGUCAUGCAUGCUUCUUCAGAAGAACUGAAUUAUUCACUGCCUUCUGACUCUAACCACCAAACGUGUGAUGACUUUGAUGUAAAGCAGCAUGGCUCCAGUGCUUUGAGUGUGUAUUCUUGCAUGUCUUUAGUAGAAGAUCCUUAUUUUUUAUCAUUGCUUCCAAGUAGUGCUGAUUCUAAGAUGUCUCUUGAUUUACCUGAGAAGCAAGAUGGAACUGUUUUUCCUCACUCUUCGUUGCCAGCAUCCUCUACAACCCUCUUUUCUUAUUACAACUCAAAUGAUUCUCUAGCAUUAAAUCCUCUGACCAGUUUUUCCUCACGACUGAACCAAGAGACAGCUGUAGUGGCAACGUCUACAAAGAUAGAUGAUGAAAUCCCCCCUCCACUUCCUGAACGAACACCUGAAUCUUUUAUUGUGGUAGAGGAAGCGGGUGAAUUAUCAACAAGUGCACCCAAAUCCUUAUCUUCACCUGUGAAGGUGAAAAUUGGAACAUCGCUGGAAUGGAGUGGAACAUCUGAAUCAAAGACAUUUGAUAAGCCUGUGAGACUUAGGCCAAGCAAGAGUGUAAAACUCCGGAGUUCCAAAGCAGCUUCACGUCAAGAUUCAUCUCCUUCUCCACCUCCACUCCCAGAAAGAACCUUAGAGCCCUUCUUUCUUCCUAAUGGAGAUUGUAUGCAGACCCAAUCUACAGAAACUUAUUCAACUAGCUGUCCUGAAACCACGGAAAAUUCAACAUCUUCAAAACAAACAGUGAAGACUACUGGAAAAAGUUUCACAAGGAAUAAGAGUUUGAAAAUUUUGCGAAACAUGAAGAAGAGUAUCUGUAAUUCUCCCUCACCAACUAAGCCUGCAGAAUCUAUUCAAUCAAAUAAUUCCAGGUCAUUUCCAAAUUUUGGUUUUGCAAAUCGUUUUUCAAAGCCCAAAGGACCACGGAACCCACCACCAUCUUGGAAUAUUUAAUACAACUCUGGAUUUAUCAGAAUAUGGGCUCCAAAUGAGCCUGAAAUACAACUACUGGCUAGCUAAAAGAAGUGCUGUAUAUUCAUAAUAUUGUAAAGAAUAUAUGAUAAUGUUAAUAACUUUUAAAAGAAAAUCAAUACCUAAAAUGUACCAAUAAACAAUUUUUAAAAAGAAAAUAAAUCCAUUCAGGAGAAAAGAAAAAGAAAAUAAGCAAAAAGGCCAGAAGUUUUGCAUUUUCCUAUCAUUUACAUUGGAAUAUGUGGGUUGGAAAUUGUAGAUAAAAAGUUCAUCACUUGAGUUUAUGAAGAGAAUGCUGUAUGAGAAACACUUUAAAAAUGGAUUUAUCCUGAGUUUGAUCCCUGGUACCAGGAAAAAAAUAAAAAUGGAUUUACUUUUGGAA